AUGGUUCCUACUCUUGCUAGCUUUCCGCUAGUACUCAUACAUAUUGUCGACCGGAACUUGUUCUUACUCUUGCUGCCUGUGAUCUCCUAUGAGUCGGAUCAGAGUAUAGAGUUAAGGGCUCAGAGUACACAAGAGCUGUUUUUACUAAGUAAAGAAAUGCUGCUGAUGAUGGAGCAGAAGCUGAGCGAGGUGCACCCUCUGCUGACGCUGUGUGGGACCAUCGUAGAAAACUGGCAGGGAAACCCCAUUGAGACUGAGUCCCUUAGGGUUUUCUUCAUGGUGCUGCAGGUCACACACUACCUGGAUGCUGGACAGGUAAAGAGUGUGAAGCCGUGUCAGAAGCAGCUCCAGCAGUGAAUCCAGACCUUCUCCACUCCCCACGACGAUGAGAUCCUUCCCACUUAUCCAGCAGCUCUCUUCCACUGGCUGCCCAAAAAGCACAUGUGUGUGUGCGUGACGGGGAUGCACUCCAUGCAGGCAGGCUACUUGGAGAAGGCCCGGAAGUACACAGACAAAGCUCUAAUGCAGCUGGAUACGCUCACUGCUUAUCUCCCCCUAGAUGACGACACCACUCCGAUCCAUCUGUAUGUGUUCAAAGUGCUGGACAGCAGUCCCAUCCUGUCCACGUUCUAAGUCAGCCUGAUGGAGCACAUCAUCAUGUGCCGGCUGGUCACUGGACACAAGGCCACGGCUUUACAAGAGGUACGUCAUGUUUGUCAGCUUUGCCAGCAGUCUCCGAAGCUGUUUACAAAUCAUGCUGCCCAGCUUCACACACUACUGGGCCUCUACUGUAUCUCUGUGAACUGCAUGGAUAAUGCCGAGGCUCAGUUCACUGCUGCUCUACAGGUGAGUCUCAUAUCGUCCCUUGUCUCUUUUCAUGUAGCAGCAUGUAAGUUUCACGCGUUUUGUUGAAUUUUAAAAUAAUAUAACUUUGACUUCUUCAGCUCUCAUUGUCUACGAGCCGCAGCGUUUUACAUCAGGGGGCUCCAGUCUUUCUUCCAGGGACGUUACAACGUGGCCAAAAGAUUUCUAAGGGAGACCCUGAAGAUGUCUAAUGCUGAGGAUCUAAAUGCCUGCUCGCUGGUCCUGCUGGGUCACAUCUUCUUUGUCCUGGGCAACCACAGGGAAAGUAACAAUAUGAUGGUUCCUGCCAUGCAGCUGGCCAGCAAGAUCCCAGACAUGUCUGUGCAGCUCUGGUCCUCUGCCGUGCUCAAAGAUCUGAACAAGGCUUGUGGAAACACCAUGGACGCCCACGAGGCAGCUCGAAUGCACCAGAACCUUUCCCAGCAGCUCCUGUAGGAACACAUUGCCGCCUGCAGCCUCCCUGAACACAACCUCAUUCAGUGGACAGAUGGCCUCCCUCCUGUGCAGUUUCAGCCUCAGAACGGACCCGCUACCAGCAUGGCCAGCCUGCUCUGAGAACUAAAUCCCACCCCUUACUGACUGGGAGAAGGAGACACAGAAGAGCUAUUGCAGGGAAAAUGACAUAAAAAAGAUGAACAGAAAAAAGGAGAAGCAGCUUUUAAAGGGAUAAGAGGAACAGGAGGCAGGUCGAUGAAAUUGUGUCAUUUGGUAGGCUUCUAUUCAGGGCACCCCUUCACCUAUUUGGGGCACUGGGGCAUCAUUACUGGAUUUUAAGAAAUGUAAGUUUUUUGGAAAGCAUAAGGUGUCUAGGGCACAUUUGUAAUUACACUGACACUGUAAUAGUUUGUUCUACCACACCAAAAGCAAAUUGAAGGAAAAGUUAUAAGAAGACCACUUUCAUAUAUGUAUUGAAAAUAUGCUUCCCCAAUAUAUACUCGCCCGAUGUCAGCUGGGAUCGCCUUUAGUGUUUAAUUUAAACCAUCCAUUAGCCAAACAGACGGUCAAAUGUGACUCAACCUAACUCAGUGACUCAGUUCUAAUUAGUAGUCCUAGUUGUGCACGAAUUCAAUAUCUUUCUUUUCAAAACACUUGUUGGCUAGUUCUGAUACACACUGUUAGGUACAUUUGGAUAUACAGUAUACUAUAUAUCUGUAAUGAUCUUAAUGUUGUGUAGUAGUAUGUGUGAUAUGUACUUGCUGGUUGGGUUGACAGCUGCAUAUGUAGUUUAUUCACUGAAAAGGAACAAAUGUGAAAUUAAAGACAAUUUAAGAUUAGAUUAGAUUAACUAGACCCUGGAACCAGCUGAGCAUUUUAUACAAAGGAAAAUAUUGGCUUGCUUCACAUCCAUGUUUUGAAGGUAUAAAAAGUGUAUUUUAAACAUGUUUUGAGAUGCAUCCAAAAAACAUUUGAAUAAUUUUGGACACUAUUCAGCCUGACCUUUAGAUUUUUACUCUCUCAGUGUGGUCUAUGUUUAUAUGCAGUGCACAUUUUGUGUGGAUAGCAGUAAUAAUAAGAUAAUAAUAAGACUAUUACAUGUUUGCACAUAUGUUGUUUCAUGAUGAAACUCACAUUUUUAUCUUUUCCAUGUAAGCAUUUUGGAAUAAUUAUCUUUUUUUUCUCCUUUCCUGUUUUACUCAUGUCUUCCAGAUGAUGGCAGUAUAAAUCUGUAUUAAAAUAUCUUAUUUAUUUAAUGUUGCUUUUCAUUAUACCAGAUGCAGUUGUUGUUUGCUGAUUACCAUUUGAUAUAUUAUCAAAUAACUGGUAGGACUGUUGAUUUAGUUACGCUAAGGGUACAUUGUUUAAUUUUAUCUUGUAAAGAUAUUUGUUUACAGAUUUCUGCUGUGGUAGUUUCGAAAUAAACUACUGAGUUUGGUCGAUAGCAAAGUAAUUACUGCAAUAAAAACUGCAUUAUGGAUGCCAUUUAUUGUUUUGACUUUUUACAGUAGAAUGUUUUAUUUGUGUUUUCUCCGUUAUAAUUUUAACUGUACUCAACUUUCUAUGACUUUUUAUAAAUAAAGAUUUAAGCGUGGAAUGACUUGAUUAUUUUUGAUUGUUUUCUAACAAUGACUAAAAUCUAAGUGCUGACUGAAAGAACCACACCAUGUUUUUUUUCAUGUUUGCUGUCUUUUAGACAUUUACGUUUAUUUCGGUACAUACUAUGCAGACUUUUGAUUCUUGCAGUCUGCAUUAAUUUAUGUUGAAGUUGCUGCAUUUUCUUGUCUGGAUAAUGCAGUGCAGACUUUUAAGAUCCAUCUGCACUUAUACACUGCAUUACCACACAGCGAUGGGUUGCACAACUCAGUUUCGAGUGUUUGCAUAUUCAUUUUUAUGGCAAAAUGAAUGGAUCCUUGCAACAAUAGAAAAAUGCAUCUAAAAAUCUGAAACAUAGCAGUCAUUUAAAAAUGGUCGGUAAAAAUAUAAUGUGUACGUGAUAUAAAGUAUACUGUAAUGGUCCUGUCAGGCCAAAUUUAGGAGAUUUAGGAGAAUUAAUAUUCCAUAAGACAAGCAGAGUGAUCAGACUUAGGUUAAUUGGCAUUGUUUCAUUUCAUAU